AUGAGGACCGCAAGGGGGCUGCUGGUGUUUAGGAGACACGGCGGAGGAGGGAAGACCCCGCUGACCCGGGCACUUUGCCUUGCAGAGAAGCACCGGAACCUGGCCAAGGCCGUUCUGCGGAGAAAAGGCAUGCUGGGGGCCGCGCCGAACCGCCCCGACUCUUCAGCCAAAAGGUCAGUGAAGUUUAACAAGGGCUAUACUGCUCUUAGUCAGAAUCCAGAUGAAAACCUGGUGUCUCUUGACUCUGACAGUGAUGGGGAGCUGGAAUCCAGAUACUCCUCCGGGUAUUCCUCUGCAGAGGUGAACCAGGAUGUGAGCCGGCAGCUGCUCCAGGAUGGGUAUCACCUGGAUGAGAUUCCAGAUGAUGAGGACUUGGAUCUCAUUCCCCCCAAGCCUGUGGCCUCCUCAGCGUGCUCCUGCUGCUGGUGCUGUCUUGGGGACUCUUCCUCCUGCACCCUCCAGUAGACAUAACCCCCUAAGAUGGGUCCUGCUCACCAUACCUGCAGAGUCCUGUGGGCCCUUCAUAGGUCACAGCGCAGUGGGGAACUGCUGUCAGCCCCAGAAUCACUGGAGGCACUGGCCCUCUGGGGAAGCCAGUGCCCUGCAGUUCCCCCUCGCCUGGUGCUUCUCAGGCCGGAGGCCCCCAUCUGGGCCAUAGGAUGAUAGGUGGAAUUCUGCAGUUUUCCUCUGCUGUUGGAGCAGAGCUUGGAGAAAUCACUUUAAUAAGGGCAGGAACAGAGGAAUUCUGGUUCUUACAGUGAGUGACAAAGUUGGCUAAGAGAAAAACUUAAAGACAUCUUAACUGGUAUUUGUCAUCAUGCUCUACAGAGGGAAAAGGAGAGCUUUUGUGCCCAGGCUGUGCUGGAUGGUGGUGUAUGGAGGCAGAAAAUAGCACAUUAUGGCUUGUAGCUGUAAUAUUCAAAACUAUUUGGGACCAGGUCAUUGCAAGAAAUUCCAUAUGCUCGCUUCCUCUUCCUAGCUCCAAGAUGGGUUACAUGUUUGACCUUCAAGAGAGCAUAAAGCAGGGCCCUUUGACCCUCUUCUGGUUGUGUCUGUUUGACUGUGGCAGGGAGGACAGCAGGUUACUUGAUGGUCCCUGGACCCAGAGCAUCCCCAUCUGGUCCAGCUGUCUGGGUGGGCUUAGUAACUUGGUCAGUCCAUCCCUAGUUAGAGAAAAACUGCUCUACCAUGUGGAUAAAACUUGUCUUUCCUGGUUGCUAUUCGUCACCUUGGUCUUAGAUGGUAUUUUCACCUAGUCUGAGCUAAGGUUGGGUGAAGGUAUGGAGCUCACCCCAGGAGCCUGCAGUUUUUAAUUACCAGCAGAGGGAGCUUCAGGAACAGUCAAGUGUCUGAUUUUUAAAACUUGAGAAGGAGCAAUGGCUGAGAAGUAGACUGGCGCAGCUGUGUGGGCUCUGACGUAGAUGGAGGCUCACAGACAGGAUGGGGAGGAGGGACCUGUGAAAGCUCCCACGGCCCCUGCCUGAGGAGAUAAUCGUGUCAUUGUAGAGGGCCUCCCUUCACCCUAGCGAGAACCAUUCUGUUGUGUCCAGAUUCCUCUGACUGCAGCAUGGGCCUCAGUGGAUACUCGGGGAUUGGACUUUACAGUAAACCUCUGGGUGCAUCACAGCCUCUCUCAGCCCCCGGUCUGAGCACAGCAAAGACAGGAAUCAUUUCCUCUAUGACCUCCACUAGAUAACAUUUCUCGCAAUACCAGGCCUCUCUGGAACUUAGUUUUUUAGUGGGUUUUUGGUUUUUUUUCCGGCCUUACCAAACAGGACUGAAUGGGAGUGGACAGAGUCCCUAGCCUAAGGGGUAUGGUAGUCAAGAUUAGGGUGUGGCCUCUACUUGGGAUCCUACCUAGCCUGUUGCUUCAUUUGGUUAGGACAGUAGCCUGAGUGUUUGACAGCUGCUAGGGGUAAAGAUGGCAUCAGGACCCCAAGACCAAGGCCCUCUGUUGGUCACUGCAUAAAUCACUGGUGUAUUUGACUGCGCCUCUCCCUGGAAUGUUCCAGAGCUGGUUGAUCCUGUGUGGGUGGCAUUACCUUUGUAGAAAAAGUUGCAGGAACACUGCCUGCCAGCAAGGCAGGGUAGAAAUGGUCAAUUGUUUGGGGCCAGAAGCCACAGGCUAAAAUGUCACCAAUACAGGCACAAAGGUGCCUAAAACCAAACUGCCUUAAUUAAGAGUGCUGGGCGUUUGUAGGUGACAGCGCUCUGGGGAGGCAGGGGUGAACUCGGGCUUACCUCACAGAUGGGAGUGGUACCGUACGGUGCUUACAGAGUACAGAACUCUUGGCUUAGGCUUCUACAGCCCUGUAAGUUUACAAGAAUAAAUACAAUCAUGCUAGUUGA